UCUUCCUCAACAAUAAGGAAGGUGGUUCUACCUCAUCGUCGUGCAAGAAAUUUUUGUGAACCUUGGUGCGGCAAAUUUAACGGCUGAACAAACGCAAGGAUCGCCAAAAGGCAGGACCUUGCAGGAAAGUGUGAGUGUGUGCGUGAGAGCUGAAAUAUCGACCGUAAAUGGCAAACUGAGAGGAGAAAAAAUUAAAAUAAAAUAAAAAAGAAGCAAAAAAAAAACGGUACUUAAAGGACGAACAAGGAGUGAGGACUCGCCUGAUAAAACAAACAAGUCAAUAUAAAAACAGCAACAAUAAACGUUAAGAGCGUGUCGUUCAAGUGCUUGUAAACACAACAACAACAACCACAACACUGCAACAACAUUUGAGCGUCCGCGUGCAUAUUUACCGCUGAUUACAGCAAAAAACUAACAAAAAAAACCAAGCAAGGUGAAAGCAACAAAAAAUUAAAUAAAUGCGCAACAACAACAACAAUAAGUACCUACAAAUAUUCGGCACGAUAAUAAAAUGUUAUGGCAUUGCAGAGGUGCACGCAUACAGCAGAAGCUCAUUUAAAACAAAUGUUGCUGCCAGCAGCAACAACAACAACAGCAAUAACUGCAAUAAUAACAGUAGCAAAUACAACUGUAAAUGACAUUGCUUCUGCCUGUAAGUGGUAGUGUCAGUAGUUGCCGUUAURGCGCCAAACAAAAACACGGAAACGAGAAUUCACGAAACAUAAAACUAAAGUGUUGCCAUACGCAGCCAAAAAAACAACAAAAAUAAGUAUUUACUUGACGCCAUUGUCGCCGAACGUUUGAGGCAGCAAACACCUAGAAAAAGUAAAAAAAAAAACAGUGUGCUGUAUACCAACAGCAAAGYCGCAAAAACAAAAGCAUUUAUAGGUGGCAACACUGUAAUUAAGUGUAAUGCCAAGUUUUUGCUGCCACAAACAGCAAGAGAACUAUCCAAUUACAAAAGGCAAGUAUUGUAGACGCACUGCUGACAUUCGGUCGCAUYAAAAACUCUUACACAUUCUUGCCAAUAACAACAACAAUAAUACCAACAACAUAUCAACAAUACGUGUAAGCAUUGCAAGUGCUCCAAAAACAAAGUGCGCAAAAGUACCGUUAAAUUAAAAACAAUUACAAAGUGUACUAGUGUACAACAACAAAUAAACCUAAAAAGCACGCAACACAAGAGAUUCCACAGAAACUUAUCCCGUGUUGCACGUACAUACAUAAAUGACGGAUUGCAGACUUGUGCAACAAAAUGGCAACCCCGCAAAUUUCCCACAUCAUUAUAAAUCAAAAAUUCCCAUUAACAAAUGCUGCUGCGCAAGCACUAUUAACAACAACAAAAACAAYAAGUACAACUACAACAAACACAAAGCUAUGCCGCCUUCAAGAGAGUCGUCGUUGGGUGCGAAGAAAAUGUUCUUGCACUGUGUUGAAUGGCAAGCACAACAACAACAGCAGCAACAACAACAACAAAAUCUACAGUAUUCGGCACUCGCUGCACUGGCUGCAGCAUGGUUGGAGCGAACAAUUGCUGCUGAUUUGCAUGCUACUUGCCAGCACGUGGGGUCCAACGGGCUGCGACGAGUCACAGGACUUUCAGAAAGCGAUACCUGCCAGAGUUGUUUGGGCUGCAGUUGGCAAAAGCGUCGAUUUGCUGUGCGAUCUAACGCCUCCGACGCCGCAGGACUCCGUGAAGYUGCUGUUGUGGUUCAAGGACUCCACCGGAAUACCACUUUACAGCUUGGAUUCGCGCGGCGGAAAUAUCAAAUUAGCACCGCAUUCGGCCAUAGCUAGCGAUUUGGGUCAGCGUUUGUUCUUCUCCAUUGGCGAUAAUCUGAAGGACUCGCGCCUGCAGAUACGCGAUGUGAAGCCAACAGAUGGCGGCAUUUACCGUUGUAGAAUAGACUUUUUCAAUUCGCCAACACGCAACUUUAGAAUUAAUUUAACAUUAGUCGUUCCCCCCGAGGAGCCACGCAUUUUCGAUGCACAAGGCAAGGAGAUUGCCCAAAUGGCCGGACCAUUUCGUGAGGGCUAUGAACUUUUUUUAUGCUGUCAAGUUAAAGGAGGUCGUCCAGCGCCCAAAGUCACUUGGUGGCGCGAUGAUGUCGAGCUGAAGGGCACCAGCCACACGUCUGUGGAAGAGGGUGCCACAGUUAUGGUGAAUCAGCUGUUGAUUGGCACCACGACACGUGACUAUUUCGGCGCGAAAAUCGAGUGCCGAGCGCAGGGCACUAAACUGAUAGCGCCGGUGGUGAAGGAUGUAACGGUGCAGGUGCAUUUGAAACCGGUGCGCGUGAAAAUCCUCACAGCCAAUGACCUGCUAACUGCCGGCCAGCCUGUGCCUUUGCGCUGCGAUUCGUGGGGUUCAUAUCCGGCGGCGAAGAUUACAUGGCUAUUGGACGGCGAACCCAUACGGAAUGCGGAAGUGACUGUGCAUAGCGACAGAGAGGACUCAAAUACCACAACCAGCAUACUCAAYUUAAAGGUAACAUCGGAAAAUGAUAAUGCCGAGCUGAUGUGUCGUGCGUCGAAUCCCUGGUUCUCCGGCAGCGCCAUCGAGGACAAGCGCAUYAUUCGAGUGGCAUAUCCGCCAACAGUGUCCGUGCAUUUAGCGAACGAGGACCCGAGCCGCUUUGUUACCAAAGCUGAGGGUCAAAAUGUGACGUUCAAGUGUCGUGCGGACGCGCGACCUCCAGUGAGCUCGUAUGCUUGGUUCAAAAAUGGCAUGCGUAUGUCCGGCGAGAGCACCGAGAUACUACAUCUGACGCAGUUGGCGCGCGAGAGUGCUGGAGCUUACGCUUGCGGCGCGGCUAAUACGGAAGGAGAGACGCGUAGCUCCAGCUUGACGCUGAAAGUGCAAUACUCGCCCAGAUGUCGACCGGGCACCGAGCAAACGUCAAUCGGCGCGCUAAACAUGCACUCGGUGCAGGUAAAAUGCGAAGUGGAUGCGGAUCCGCCAGACUCGGUGAAAUUCAGUUGGACCUACAACAACACAAGAAAUGUGUCGCCGGUGCUCAAUUCGAGAAUCACUUCGAAUGGAUUGGUCAGCACCGUUACGUAUCUGCCGCAGACCGACUCGGAGCUGAUAACGCUCGCCUGCUGGGCCAGCAACUCGGUGGGACGCCAGACCAUCCCCUGCCUGGUGCAUAUACUGCCAGCAAAUCCACCGGAGGCGCCAAAGGCUUGCGAACUGCGCAACGACACCGUUUUGGAAGUAGUCUGUGUAGCCGGCAACGACGGUGGUCUCACGCAAUAUUUCCUGCUUGAAGUAAUUGGCGGCGAUCCACUUUAUGCCAACGAUGCGGGGCGCAGCUUCGCCGAUGCAAAUGUGGGCGACAAUGAGCUCUCCACCAUGAAUGAUCAG